AUGGUGUCCUCAACACAGCUGCUCACAUAUGGGUCUCUGGUGGCUGUGGCCAUCGCCUUCGUUGCAGCACGCUGGUCGCAAUGGGCAGAGCUGGAAGCAGCGGUGGAUGACUUUGCCGCCCAGCUUUUCGAAUAUCUGAAGACGGACGCCGUGGCCUUCGCUCUCCCAGCUGCUUAUGCCCGCUGGGUGCUGCCCGCCCCAUGGGCCAAGCCAGAGCCGUGGCCAGUAAAGGUCCUGGCAGCUGGUGCAUUGGGAACUGUUGCUCUAAUCAGCUUGACAGGCGCCCGCCGGGCCGCAGCCGAAGGUACGUUUCAGGUCUCCGACUUUGCAAAUCUAUUUGUCUUGCACAUCGGAUCGUACUCGGUGGCACCACUCUUGGCGAGGGAGUGGCUCCCUUUGAUUUCUGUUGUAGUUAUAGUGCUCGUGUUGUUGACAGGGCUUCACACCGAGAUGGUGCUUGAGACCGUGCAGGCAGUGACUGCUUUGUUUGCUGCGUAUGUCGCUCAUGACCGCUUUGGCUUGCGCUGGCAUUCAUUUUUGCUUGUUGGUGUUGGCGGGGCUGUUUUGGUACCGUACUUGGCCUCUGUCUUCAAGUCGCUGCCGUACUUGGCCUCUGUCUUCAAGUCGCUGCUACCUUUUCAUGAGCUGGUGGCAGCAUACCAUACUGUUGAGGGCAUCGUUGGCACUCGUCGGUUUGAAGAGGAGGUCUGUGAGCUCCUUGUUGUGACUGCCUACGUCCAAGUCUCCUUAGGAUAUGUGGGCAUCUGGUACAUGCGCCAUGGGCAAGCGCGGACAAACCUUUUACUGGAUGUUGCUGAUGGGAAGCUGGAGGCAUGGAGUUUUCUCCAGCACGUGGGCGAGUACAUGUGGGCAGUGGCUGCUCCGUACAUGAUGCAGCGUACAAUCAUGGAGACUGCAAACGCGCUGUCGCUUUAUGCUUUUCUUUGCAAGGUCGACCAGCAUGUUCGUGUGGACACCUUUUUCUCGGGUGGCGACUUCGCAUACAAUCGCUUAGAGGUCGCUCUUGAAUCUGAUCAUACUGUGGAAGCUUAUGCUGAAUCUGUGACUGAGCUGAUGUCGGACUGCUAUUCGAUCAUCGAGAAGAAGCUUUUUGGAUUUCCUAACAUCCUGCUCAUGUCAGACACCCUGCUACGCCAGCCGGCGCUUAUGAUGGCGGUUCUUCCCGUGAGCAUUGGGCUUGACUUUGGCCGGGCACGGGCCUUCGCAAUUUUAACUUCGAACAUUGAACGACUCACCAAGCACUUGCGCACCCGAAUGUCCAGGAGGAAGAAAAUCGAGGAGCAUGACGUGAAGCACGCAGAGACCAUAAGCCGCACAGGUUCCGCUUCUUUGGUGGCAAGUCGCUGGGAGGAUCUGGCAGGAGAAAUCUUCCAGCUUACAGCGUGGAGGAAGUGUUUGGUCUCAUCUCGGCUUUACUUGAACUGGAUCUAUUACCAGAACAUUGUGGGCGUGGGCAUCGAGUGUGCCAUGGCGCGGAUGAUGGAGUUGGGCUCAAUCUCAGCCGCGGACCUGGGGGUUUAUGCGUCUGUUAUCGAGGAUUCCAUCGACUUCUUGCUGACGCGAUACAGAGAGGACGCCCGCUUGGCGCAGAUGUCAACGAACCAAGAGCGCCUGCUUGAACUCCACACCCGGCUGGCCACAUUCCGGCAGAGGUUGCAAGAAUCUCGUGGCUCCGCUACUGAUGGCUACUGCACGUUUCGGUCGGAUGAAGGCAAUCUCAUGUUCAAGGACUUGACCUACCACCGGAACGGCACUGCGCGUGUCAAGCUGGACCUCGAGUUGAAGCAGGGCAAGGUUUAUGCCGUCACGGGACCAAAUGGUGCUGGCAAGAGUACCCUGUUCGCCAUGCUGUCAGCCUGCGCACAGAGAAUGCCUUUACCCAGCGGACUGAUGGUGGAGGGCAGCAUGGUUAUGCCUCUGGGCGAGCUUGCCGAAGUUCCACAAAGGCCAUACCAUCCGUUCCACGUACAGCCGCUGGCGUGGCUCCUGAACGAAGCAAGCCUUGCCGCACUUUCUUCUGAAGAGCUUGACCGCCACGAGGCUCGCGCGGUGCAGGUUUCGGCAAGGCUUGGCUUCAAGUCCUCUCAGGAGUCCGACGCGCAAGGCCUCACCACGGAGGAGCUGCGACAGGAGAGGAAGGACUGGUACAGUGACCUUUCCGGCGGCCAGCGAAGCAAAGCAGAGCUCAUGCGCCAGAUCUUCUUGAAGAGCCGAUGCCCUCAGGUCGUCCUGAUCGAUGAAGCACUAGCGCCGCUGGACCCCAUCUCGAAGCAACUUGUACAGCAGCAGCUGAAGGACUUUUGCUCAGAGUCGCUCAUACUGGUCAUCUAUCACACAGGGGAUGGCGUGAAUUGCGUCAACAGCACCGGCUUCUUCGAUGACAACUUGCACUUCGCGGAUGGUCGUGCGAAAUUGGUGGGAUUGUGCUGA